UGGAGCCGGUGCGGUGCGCUGGAAGGUCUUUUGUUCCGAGCGCAGAGCCCGGUGGCCGGAGGGAGUUCGCGACGCGCCGCCGGGCCCGGGGAGCCGGAGAGGAGGGCGCGGAAGCGUGCGGACGUGGGGCUGGCGCCUCGCGUUCCCGCCCCGCUUCUUCGCGCGUCGCGCGUGUCCCCAGCAGGCCGGCUGGGGCUGCGGAUGACGGCGAGCGGAACGCGGCGGGACUUGUCACAGGCCGGUCUCCGCGUCUCCGGGUUGCUCAGGGCCGGUCUAGGGCGUGCGCGGGUCUAUGGCGGGCCCUUCCCGGGCUCGGAGGGGUGAAAGCCCGGACGGAGCGCGGCCAGGGAACCAGAUGUUCGAGCUGGAGGACAGCUCCGUAAGCUUCUUCCUCGUUAGUAUAGUGCUCUCCUCCCCCUUCCUUCCGAGGAUGGCCCAGAAGGAGAACGCCUACCCCUGGCCCUACGGCCGGCAGACGACUCAGGCUGGCCUGAACACCCUGCCCCAGCGAGCCCUCCGGAAGGACCCUGCCACACCAUCUGCACUUGUCCUCAUGAGCCGCUCCAACACCCAGCCCACAGCUGCCCCUGGCCAGAAGGUGGUGGAGAACAGCAAUGGGACCCCCAACUUCCCAAUGCGCUCCUUCACCAUCGACGACUUUGAGAUCGGGCGUCCUCUGGGCAAAGGCAAGUUUGGAAAUGUGUACUUGGCUCGAGAGAAGAAAAGCCAUUUCAUCGUGGCUCUCAAGGUCCUCUUCAAGUCUCAGAUAGAAAAGGAGGGCGUGGAGCACCAGCUGCGCAGGGAGAUCGAAAUCCAGGCCCAUCUGCAGCAUCCCAACAUCCUUCGUCUCUACAACUAUUUCUACGACCGGCGAAGGAUCUACUUGAUUCUGGAGUACGCCCCCCGCGGGGAGCUCUACAAGGAGCUGCAGAAGAGCCGCACCUUCGACGAGCAGCGCACAGCCACGAUCAUGGAGGAGCUGGCUGAUGCGCUGAUGUACUGCCACGGGAAGAAGGUGAUUCACAGAGACAUAAAGCCGGAGAACCUGCUCCUGGGGCUCCAGGGAGAGCUCAAGAUCGCGGACUUCGGCUGGUCCGUGCACGCCCCGUCACUGAGGAGGAAGACGAUGUGCGGGACGUUGGACUACCUGCCCCCGGAAAUGAUCGAGGGCCGCACGCACAACGAGAAGGUGGAUCUCUGGUGCAUCGGGGUCCUCUGCUACGAGCUGCUGGUGGGAAACCCGCCCUUCGAGAGUGCUUCCCACAAUGAGACCUAUCGACGCAUCGUCAAGGUGGACCUGAAGUUCCCCGCCUCUGUACCCUCGGGAGCCCAGGACCUCAUUUCCAAGCUGCUCAGGCACAACCCCUCUGAACGGCUGCCCCUGGCCCAGGUCUCCGCGCACCCUUGGGUCCGGGCCCACUCCCGGAGGGUGCUGCCUCCCUCUGCCCUCCAGGCUGUCCCCUGACUUGCUGCUCUCGUUGAUUCAGUUGUGUCUGUUUGUGUGCCUAUAUACGUGGAGUCGGAAGGAGGGGUACCUGGCCUGUUCCUUUACCUGUCUUCUACCCCCUGUGUAUUUAAUAAAGGCUGAAGCUUUUUGUACUGAUGA